AUGGGUGAGGACAACUGGUCCAGCUUUGCGAAGCGGCUUGCGUAUGUCAAAAGCCAAAAAAAACGGAUGCGCGUAUUGCAACAGGGAGAGCGUUAUCGGGAAUGCCAGCGCGUGUGGGGAGCUGUACAGGUCUCUCGGGGUCCGUAUCUGGGCCGCUCAGCGCUUGUCCGCCUCAUGGGUGAGGACAACUGGUCCAGCUUUGCGAAGCGGCUUGCAGACUUAGGAAAUAGGACUGUUCAGAAGACAUCUCCUGAGCCAGGAGAUGAUGAUGAUGAUGAUGAUAGCAACCUCUACCGUCUUGCUGAAGAAGAACUUUUUGAGAAACCAGCACUAAGCAUUGCAAAAGACUACAUUGUCCUGUCUCCAGGAGACGUCCUAAAAAUAAAAUGCAGGGGAGCACCUUCGGUAAGCUGGCUUUUGAAGGAGGACCAGAAAGAAGACCCUAGGGUGCACAUAAAUAAUUGCCGUAAUAACACGAGGCAAAGCUGCAGCAUGCUUGUUGUCAGGAAGGUCACAGCAAAUGACACUGGUUACUUCACCUGCAUUCAUGACGAUUUCCCAUCUAAUGAGGAUCUCAUGGCCAAAAUUUAUGUGUUUGUUAAAGACUACAGAAAUCCAUUUGUGGAGAUUCACCCAGAACAUCCUCAUAUAAUCUACAUUUUAGAUGCUAAGAAAACAGUUGUUGUCCCCUGCCGAGUUACCUCUCCAGAUAUCAAACCCAAGCUUCUACAGUAUCCUUCUUCUGUAGAGAUGAACUUCAAGAGGAUGAUGUGGGACCCAACAAGAGGAUUUGUCAUCCCCUCUCAUUCUUUCGUUUACUCCGGAGUACUCAAAUGCACUGCAAAUGUCAGUGGAACUGUGUUCACUUCCUAUUACCUAACACAGAGAUUGGAGAGCAGGAUACAGAACCUGAAUCUGACAGCAACUCCCAGAAAGCUGAUGGUUGGAGAAACCCUCUUUUUGAACUGCAGAGCAGAAACCUUCAUCAACGGCCGAAUUGAAUUCAUAUGGACGUGUCCUAAUGGGAGACACCCUUAUCCUCGAAGAACGAUAGACCAAAGUGGUGUGGUGUAUAAAGUUGUCAGUAGCCUGAAAAUUGAAAAUGUCACCAUGGAAGACGGAGGCCUGUAUGUAUGCAAAACAUUCAACACAACAAGGCUGGAGGCCAACGUCACGGUUACAGUGUAUGACAAACCGUUCAUUACGGUUUCACAUAAGAAAGGGCCCUACUUCGAGAUUACAUCAGGACACAAGUCAUUGAAACUGGCUGCAAAGGUGGAUGCCUUUCCUCGUCCAAGUGUUAGCUGGUACAAAGAUGGCAAACUGAUCAAGGAGAACCACACUUGCUAUGAGCUGGAUCCAAUGAAGUACAGACUGAGCAUAAGAGAUGUGAGACCCAAGCACGCUGGAAACUACACCAUCGUCUUGAGCAAUGCAGAAUACGGCCUGUAUAAGAACCUCACCAUGCAGCUGGUAGUGAGAGAGAGACCCAAAAUCUAUGAAAAGGAGACUGAUUUUGAUAAGAUCGAGCGGGUGGAAUUAAGAAGCAAACACAAAAUCCAGUGCACCGUAAGCGGGAAUCCUGAUCCAAAGAUUGAGUGGCAGUGGCAGCCCUGCAGCCUCACGGAGACAGUAUGCAGCCCCCGUGGGCAAAGAAUUGUGGUUCAGGAGAACAUGUACAUAGGCAACAAGAUCAGGAGCAUUGAAAACAUAAGCAUGAAGCACGGGGAUAAAAGAAAGAUUGUGAGCACACUAACUGUGGAAAACAGCAGUGCGUCAGGAAUCUAUUAUUGCGUGGCUUCAAACAAGAUUGACACAGAAGAGAGGAGCAUUGAGUUCUACGUCUCAGAUGUGCCCUUUGGUCUGCAAGCAAACCCAAAGAUUACGACCAUUGUGGGGAAUGACGUUCAACUGACUUGCAGGGCCUCCAAGUACAUGUACAGUAACCUGGCCUGGUACUACCCCUCCUCCAAGGUGGCUCUCAGUGACUCGGUGAUCAAGAAAAUUGACAACUACUCCAUUUCUUUGACACUGGUCAUUAAUAACGUCACAAAGGACUACAGCGGCCUCUACAAGUGCAGAGCGCAAAACCAGCACAAUACCACCGACACGCUCGAACAGCACACCCAGCUCCUUGUCAAAGCAAAGGCAGCACCAUACAUUAUACAAAACCUCACAGAUCUGGAGGUUAACAUCAGUGGCAAGAUCAUUCUGGAGUGCAGAGUCAGUGGAACGCCAGAGCCCCAGAUCACGUGGAGGAAAAACGGUUAUCCCAUUUCAGCAGCAUCAGGAAUUUCCAUGGAAAAUAAUACCCUGGUCAUCGAGCGAGUGAAAAAGGAUGAUGAAGGGCUCUAUGAAUGCAAGGCAUCCAAUGACAUGGGCCAAGAUAGCACAUCAGCCUUUAUUAAAAUACAAGGUUCUGAAGAGAAAUCCAACAUUGAAGUUAUCAUUUUGGUCUGCACUGGUCUAGCAGCUACCCUCUUCUGGCUUCUUCUGACCCUUUUCAUUCGGAAACUGAGAAAACCUGAUGCCACAGAUAUUAAAACAGGAUACCUGUCAAUUAUAAUGGAUCCAGAGGAAAUGCCUCUUGAUGAGCAGUGUGAUCGUCUUCCCUAUGACAGUAGCAAAUGGGAGUUCCCAAGAGACAGACUGCGGCUGGGUAAAACACUGGGUCACGGUGCUUUUGGGAAGGUGGUGGAAGCGUCUGCUUUUGGCAUUGAUAAAUCUUCAACCUGCAAAACAGUUGCUGUUAAAAUGCUUAAAGAAUGUGCAACUACUAAUGAGUGCAAGGCUUUAAUGUCUGAGCUGAAGAUCCUCAUCCAUAUAGGACAUCAUCUGAAUGUAGUCAACCUGCUGGGAGCCUGCACCAAAGCUGGAGGGCCUUUGAUGGUCAUAGUAGAAUACUGCAAAUAUGGAAAUCUGUCCAAUUAUCUAAGAGGAAAACGAGGAGAUUUCAUUGCAUACAAGUCCCAGGAAAACUCUGACCAAGCAGAGAAAAGUCUCGAUGAGUCCAACAGUGAUUUAACUGAACUGAUCAAGAGGCGCCUUGAGAGUGUAGCCAGCACAGGAAGCUCUGCCAGCUCAGGAUUCAUUGAAGAUAAGAGUUACAGUGACUCAGAGGAAGAUGAAGAAGAUGCUGAGGAUCUGUACAAGAGGCCCCUGACUUUGGAGGAUUUGAUUUGCUAUAGCUUCCAAGUGGCAAAAGGCAUGGAGUUUCUCGCCUCCAGAAAAUGCAUUCAUCGGGAUUUGGCAGCAAGGAACAUCCUUCUGUCAGAAAACAACGUGGUGAAGAUCUGUGACUUUGGACUAGCCAGGGAUAUUUACAAAGACCCUGACUAUGUACGGAAAGGAGAUGCAAGACUUCCCCUGAAAUGGAUGGCUCCAGAGGCUAUUUUUGAUAAAAUUUACACAACGCAGAGUGACGUAUGGUCUUUUGGAGUGCUGCUCUGGGAAAUAUUUUCUCUAGGUGCCUCACCAUACCCUGGCGUGCAGAUAGAUGAAGACUUUUGCCGCCGGCUCAAAGAAGGAACCCGGAUGAGAUCUCCGGAGUACUCUACUCCAGAAGUCUACCAAACAAUGCUGGACUGUUGGCAUGGAGUACCCACAGAGAGGCCUACCUUCACUGAGCUCGUGGAGCGUUUAGGAGACCUUCUUCAGGCAAAUGUACAGCAGGAUGGUAAAGACUAUAUUCCACUGAACAUCACGUUGUGUCCUGAUGGAGAACCUAACUCCAAAACCUGCCCAGUGGAAGAAAAUUUGAACAACUGCGUUAACCGCUGGAGCGCAGUAGAAACUGGUAACAACAGCAAGAAGCGACCACUCAGUGUGAAGACAUUUGAUGAGGUGCCAGUAGAAAAGGAGAAAGUGAUGCAUGAGGAGUCAGAUAGCGGGAUGGUGUUGACUUCUGAUGAGAUAAAAAGCCCAAAGAGGCUGGAAAUCCGUUCUUGGCCUUAUGGAAUCAUGGCUCUAGCGCGGAGAGCUGUUAGCAAGAGCAAAGAAUCCAUAUUAUCCGACCACGAGCGUGAGGCUGUCAAAUACCAGCCAGCAGUGCAGGUUGAAGAGGACACCAUGGACUUCACACUGGAAGACUCUGUUCUCCUUCCUAUGGAUCCAAACCUGGAAUGCCACAGCCCGCCUCCAGAUUACAACUCCGUCAUUCACUACUCUGCCCCUCCAGUGUAAUCAGCCCAAGUUGAUCCAGGGCCCCUUGUGCCUCUCUUAACAACGCUAGAUUCUCAUGUGCCUCCAUGCCUGGGGAAAAGAGGCUGGGUAGAACGAGAAGGGAAAUCUGACUGCACACUGGUUCACGUGUUUCUCCUGGCACAUCUCUGAUGUGAAUGAAACCUCUUUAGGAGCACCCAUCUUGCUACCUUUAAAGGCCUAUUACAACAUACGCAGCAAAUUAAAAUUCUGUCUAUGAGAAUCAUAAAUAGGAGCUGCAACCCAGAACUGCUUCCACUCCUUCUUCCCCUAACUGGGACUGUUCAUUGGCACUUGCAGAUUUGCCAGUUUCUUCAUUCACGUUUUACUCCGUAAGAGUCACCAAGAGUCAUGACAAGCUAGUUUGGGAGCAGGAUUCAUUCUACUGGCCUUGCAUGCAUCCUGCAAGGAUUAUACAUUAUGAUGAUGCUGUAAAGAAUCAGUUGAACAGCCAUAAACGCUAACGUUUUGCUUUUGGAGAAAAUCCAAAAUUACAACAUUUUAACUUGGUAUCUCACCCUCCCUAAAUGGUUUUGAAAUAUCCAAAACAUCUUUGUUACAAUUUGCAAUUUAUUUCUCCUGCCUACAGAACCCAUUCUUAAAAUGACACAGCACGCACAAAGCAGAUAGUACUCACGUAUCAAGACACAGGCCGGUCCCUUAGGCUUUUGGGGCAUAUAGUGUGACUAAAUCUGUUUCCCUAUGUUUUGCUUGUCAAAACAGCAAUUUAUUUUAGGAUGCACGCAACAGGGAACCUUGAUUGAGAUGCAUCUUUAAUGAUUGCAAGGCACCAUCAAUGCCUUAAAUAAGAACCUGUUAAGCUUAAAUACACAGAAUUUCCCAGCACACAUGCACAUAUUUAUGUGAGUGUGCAUACAACACAGAGUUGUACAUAUAACAACAGAGUUAGUUACACAUAUAAACGCGCAUACACUCUUGAGGCUCCAGCAGUGUAGCAGCAGUUUUGUGUUUCCUUUCUGGAUACAGGUCUUUUUUUUUUUUUUUUUUUUAAUAAAGCACUUCCUCUGGAUUCCAUCACAGAUGCCAAACAGUUUGAUCUUGGGAGUACUAGUCCAUGCUAAACUGUGAGCAUAUGUGAUACAUAUUUGUCCCUGACUGUCUCGCCAAGGUAAAUAUUGGUAUGAAAUGAAAUGCCCUCUGCAUCUAAGCCCUUCAUGGUUAAGUCAAAGCUUUUUUCACAGUCUAAUCAUACAGACCAAACAGAUCAAAAAUCCUCACGUUUGAGAAAUUCAAAGUGUGUUACCUCCGCUGUGUGUGGUAGGGACUGUUGGCCUGCAAGUAGGUCUGCCCAUGUCCCAUGCAUACCCCUGUCUUUCUCACAGCAAUUUCACAAGUAAGCAAAUAAGUCUUGUCACUGAAUGUGCUAUGAAAUAAUCAGAGCUGACUUUAGAAAACUAGGAAGGGAUAAAGUAUCUAGGUUGCCAAGCCUAAAAAGCAAGGUUGAGAAAGCUGUUCAUUGACAGUCAAGGCUAUAACCUGCUAAGUUAUAAACCUAGGUCUGUAUAUUAACUUCUCCCUGUGCACAGUUCCUUCCAAAGUCUGCACAACCCUUUCCUUUCAUUCUUAGGCUUGACACUCUGAUGCGACUUCUUCAGAGAGAAAGAAUUUUUCUUCAGCACUACAAACUGAAAGAAGAAAAAAAAAAAGCCCGACACUUGCAGAACAAUCAUUUUACCUUGGUGAAGACAGCCUAAAUGCUCUUGCAGCAGCGAAGAAAACAUUUCCGGAUGAUCAGUUAAGAGUUGGUUACGUUGAAAUAAACAUGAAAAAAGCCUCAGGUAUUAUCAAAGGGGGAGACGAAACUCCAAGCCCCACACCAUGUUAACUGUGAAUGCUAAAGCAUCUGAAGAAAGGGCUCUUGGGAACUGCACUGCUGGUUCUCCUCAGCUUCAGAGUUGACCUGUUAAAGAAAUCAUCGGCAGUAACUCAAGAGCCCCUCCUUUAUAGUGGACCUGCUAAAUAGCUGUGGUCUGUAGUUGCUUUAUGGUCAUUUUUGCACUUCUUUGUAUUUUAGUACCUAUGUAUUAACUACAGCUGGUCAAGUAACAGAAGAAACUACUGGAAAAUAAUUACUGUGGCUCAUUAUAGCAGUAAGCUCAUUAUAUCAGCUUUUCAUCAGAUAGAUGGGAAAUUAACUAUCUAUAGAUCUCAUCAAAAAGUAAAUCACUUCUUCUGGAAAUAAUUUAUUCAUAUGGCAAAAUGUAAAAAAAUGUGCAUACGGUUUGUCUGGCUCUACUGUUAAAGGCACCAGUAUGAGAUGGUUUGCUAUCGUGCCUUGCUCUGUAGCUUAGGAAAAUGACAGUGUGUAAAAACCUUUGCUUUUAAACUUUAAAAUAAGAACAUACAGGGAAAAAACUGCAAGUACGCUCUCUAUUUUGGAAAAGAAUGGGAAACACUGCUGUGUGAACUAUGUGCUUCCAAGAGACUAGCAGGGUAUAUUUUCUUUCCUGUUUAUCAAGGACAAAAUGUAGAGGUUUCUCUGAAACCAGAGCAAUAUGAAGGGCGUUUCCUGAGUGGGACCUAAGAGGACACUCCAACGGAGCACUGACAGCCAGAUCAGCCUUUCUGGCUCCCAGUAACACCCGUCAGCCUUUCUUACAUCGUGAUCUGAGAACACAAGAGUGCAGGCCCGUGCGCUCAAGACACAUUUUAAAACACUGGCUGCAUUGAAAGCUCCCGGAGAACUGAGGGCUCCCCUGCAGCGGCAAAAUCAACGGCUGUCUUGAGCAGUAUCGAUGGCCGUUUCUUCAGAUCACACAGAUACCCUCCAAACCCAUAAAGUUGGCCGUCAAGUUCUCAAAAUGGCAAGCGACUGAUGGUUGGGCAGCUGUGUUUCCAGAGUUUAUUCUGAGUGGAAGGUUUUCCCUACUUAUGGUAAAUGCAACAAGCAAAAAUACUGCCUGAAAAGUAUUAUUGAACAUAUGUCUUCUAUUUUAUUUACUAAUAUUUUGUUCGUACUUUUCUCUCCUCCCUUAAUUUAAUUAUUUUUCUUCUCUUACAAUGAUGUAUAUAGUUUACCCAGUAGACACAAAUAUAGCAAUUCAUUUAUGUGGUAAUAUUUGUAACAUUUUAGUCAAAUGAGAAAGAGAUACCCUGAUAUAACAGAUUUAAGUAUCUUUACUAAACAUUUCACUAAUGCUUGCAGGCCAGGCUCCAGUUUACAGUACCCUACUAGUGCCAUUUCAUAGCAAUUCUCCUUUUGGUUGGAAGUAUCUCUGGCUCUCACUUAUUCCCAAUUGUUAUUUAGCUUCAGUGAGGAAACAGGGAUCUGGAGGAAUCUGGCAGGUUUAUCUCAUUCCUGGAAGUGUCGCCGUGCAGCUCAAGGUAAAGGAGAGGAAUUUUACUGUCUCUGUUCUAACUCAAGACUGGUCUAUGGGCUAGAAAAAGAGAAGGGGCCAAAUUGCUUAAAUGAUGUAAUGUUUGAUUAUUGUUUUUUCAGACUUCUCAGGGAUUCUUAUUUGACUCCUGUCAGCCACCUGCUUUUUCUAACCUUAGUGAGCUCAGUGAUAUCUGAUACCAGCAAGCACCGUUUUUUUCCCUUAAUAGCGCUUCCUCCAACUGCUCGUUUCUCUCGUAACCCCAGAGAAUUAGAGCAAAGGGACUCAGAGCUUACCAGAGAAAAGUGUUCUCUUCUCCCCAACAGUCACCUGCUACGUAGGAGUCCAAGCAAGGAUAAGGUGCCUUCCCCUGCAUGUGCCUGUUUAGGCUGGUGUUUACAACAGCCUGGUUUCCUACCUCCUCUUUUCUCUGCUUUCCAUGUUUCUUGAUACUUGAUGUUCUUCGCGGUCCCUCCAGUCGGUUUGCCCUGUCUUUUGGCCAAGAUCAGGUAUAAAGCUAGCUUCACCCUGCUAUUUUCUGUGCGUUCUGUUCUUGCAGAGGCUGAAUUAGAUAAUCUAAAGCAAGCUUUUUUCACCUUAAAAAUGUUUCUGAUAUAAGCAAGGGAAACUAGUUUACACUGCUUUGCCUGGAAGCAUCUCUGUAUACUUCCCUGAUCAAGAGAAGCUUCUUUCUUUUCUGUUAUUUCAGUAUUUGAGACCUGGGGCAAGUCAAAGGUUGCUGUCUAUCUAUCUGAAACUCAUCUCUUAGUCCUUUCUCAAACAAUUUGGUUUCUCUUUGGUUCUUCCCAGUCAUCCUAACCAGGAUGCUGGGCCCACAACAUCUGCCCAGGAUAUCAAGGAAGGUCAGAUAAAAAUAUCAAGUCUUUCUGAAUAAUAAUCUCAAACAAAACCACUGAAACUUAACUACAUUUAAGACUGCCUGCAGGUUUAAAUUCUCCUGGUUGCCUCCCGAUAUAAACCGCUCUACUUCACACUAAGAUGAACACUGCUCUUUAGUUCACUUGGCAACGGUCUAGAAAAAUGUAGAGUGGCCAGCCACUUACUCCUUAUAUUUAGUCUCUGUAGGAAAGUCUAUUGGCAUUUAAGCCUGUCAUUGGCCAGCCAACACCUUAUGACUUGUCUUCUCAAUGACCCUUCACGUUAAACAUUGCCUCUGCUUUACCAUGUCCUAUCUUGCUUUGAAAAUUUCAUAUGGCCCUAUUCCAGCUGUAAGGCUGUGGUCUUGGGUCAAUAGUCUCUAGCUCCCUGCAGCACCAACUGGACAACACCAGGAAACAAAGCAGAUGCAGAGAAACAUCACUAGCUAGUAGCUCCACAACAAGGUAAAGCACUGCAGGGUUUUCCUGAACACGGGAGCUAGCCAGGAUCAGCAUCACAUUCAGAGCUCAGUCUACUUUUUUUUUUCUUACGAUAAAGUAGAUGGAAAAUACAGAAAGUACAAAUAUUUCCUUAGUCCUUCCCUACCAGAAGUGAUGGCCAAACCCUGGUAUCCAUAUUCCUGUUUUCAGACUGCCUCAUGAAAAACAGAAGCAAUUUUGCCUCUGUAGUGACACCAGCACGAUCUUAUGCAAGUAAAAUUCAGGGAGGCCUUCCAGAUUUGACCCGAUCAAGAAUCGGUCAGAGGGUGUCUAGAAUGUAAGUGUUUAGCCCAAGCGCUGGCUUGUUUGUUUGAUGUAUGUGUGUUUUCAUAAUGUGUUUACACAGAAGAAGAACACUUGCUAGACUGGGUCCUUUGGGACCCCAAGCAAAUAUGAUGCCGUAAGGGCCAUGGUUACAGGAAGACUAGUGCGGAAUGCGGUGAGCAGAGUGUCCCAUUGUCCUGCCUAAUAAUCCUGUUUCACAACAGCCAGCACAUCCUUAUUGCUCGCUUCAUUUUUCCUUAGACCUUGAGCUGUCAAAGCAGCUAAUGAAAACUGGGAAAACCCAAUAACCAGGGACUUAAAUAAAAUGAACUAAGUGCCAUGUAAUUCUCAAAACACUAAGGAAUGUGUGUCUGCCCUGUUCCUGUCUGUCUGAAGGAUGUAUGCACUGAAAACUCUGCUUUCUUAUGUAGUCAAAAAUUGUAUUGUAUCUAUUAACCAAAAAAUAAAAAGAUUCUAUAUUUAUACA